UGAAAUGAAGAUAAGGAGUUUCAGUCUAGAUAAAAGCCUCUAAGAAGUGUUCCUUUCAAACCUGUCCGCAGUUCAGUUUGGCAAGUAAAUUGCUUGGAAGCACAAUGAUUUUUAAAGCAGCUUUGUUCUUUGUUAUAGUUUGUGUGUUUCAAGCUACUGGUGUUCUAACUGAGUCUGAAGAUAACUCACGUGUUCUAAAAUUUAAAGAACAUGCCAUAAACACAAUACCAUUUGACAUUGAUGCUGCUUUAUCACGUCUACGACUGGAUUCACAAAAUUCUUUUGUGCAAUACCUCCUGAGUAUAAAAUCCACACUCUCUAAACUCCAGAGAUGCAGGACAGGGAGUAGGCUAAAGCUUCUCCAUCAAGGUGCUCUGAGUUUCGGAAACUUUCAAGCCUGCAUCAAUGCCACCAGAAACAUUGCGGACUUGGAGACUUUCAUCCUCCACGUGUACAACACGACUAUGACUGCGGCGUACGAUACGGAGGACCUGAUCAAGAACGUGGUCCAGUGUCAUUCGGCAGGAAAUGUGUUCGACAUCCUGGAUUGCAUUGUCACUGCUUUUCAAAAUAGUGGACCAGAUGUCGAAGCAUUGCUGAGCCAAGCAAAAGGCUUAAUCAGUGAGCUGGAAGCUGAUUCUGAGAAUUUUUUCACUAACCUAAAGAAAUGUGUAGGGUAUACUGCCUCUGAAUUUUUCGCUAAAGCAUCAGAAAUAAUUAAUAAAUGUUAACUGUAGUUAAAGUGAAUUAACUGAACUGACACUAAUAUAUUUAAUUUAUUUUAUAUAUAUAUAAUUUAAUUAUAAUUUAUUUAAUUGAUAUACAAUAUUAAUUGGUCACAAACUUAGGAAUCAAUUAACUGAACCUAGACAGCAAAAAUAUUUGGCUCGUGUUAAGAAAUAGAGUAUAUUUAAAAAAUUAUGAACCAGUUUGGGUUUAGUAAAUAUUAUAAAUAUUAUUACUUGUGUUAUACAAACAUUUAUAUUUAGUUUAUUUAUUAAAUACAAAACAGUAGAUCCUAUUACCAUGUGUAUCCUUGUGUACAAGUCUUUAGUUCGUGUAAAAGCAGAUUAAAAAGUUGUUUUAAAUCCAUAAUUUAAAUCAGUCAACUUUAAUUACUCAGAGCAAUUAAAAUGAAAAUAAUUAUUAAGGAUACAAAGCCACAGUUAAAAAUAAUGUAUUUUAAAAAUAUUGUAUUUACUUGAAAAGAAAAUGUUUUUUAUUAAUUUUAUUUAUAAAAUUAAUUAGGAGUAAACAAAAAAUAUAGUCACAAACAAGAUUUUGUCACGAAAAGUCAACACUACUAAUGGACUAAAGUAUGUAGACCUAAGGAACAACAAACCUAGCAAAGACAAACAAACCCAUGUCUGUUAAUUGAACAAACUCAUUGGAAGAAUUUUUAUAUUUUUAAUUAUUAUCGAAUGACGUAGUGCAAAGUCAGGUUAUAAUUUUGUGUUCAUAUGUAUCAAAUAUCUUAUCUAUGUAUUUAAUAUACCAACAUUCCUUUUAUUAUACAAGAUGUAUAUCUAGUUUUAGUUCAGUUCUUUUAAUGUAAUGGUUUCCAGCUUUUCCAGAAAAAUUUGUAUUAUUUUUUGUCACAACCGUUUUUUAGUGUAUUCUUAAUUUUGUAUAAAUUAGAACAUUUACAUUUCAUAAUAAUUUCAACAAUAAUUUUCAGUAAAAUAAUUAGGUACCAAAGUAACUGAAUAAAUUUGGUUAUCAACCAACCAGUUAAUAGUAUUAAUACAGCUGGGAAGCUGUAACUAUUGUGUUUUAUUAUCUGCAGUAAUAUCUAACUACAGUAUUAGAGUAUAAGGUAUUGAAUAUUAUAGUUUUAUAAUUACUUUUUAUAAUUAUCUCAAUAGCUUAACAAAGAGUGCUGUGUUAAUUACAUUACUAAGAUACUAAUCACCUUGUUAAUAUAUUAUAUUUAUUACUAAACACCUUGUUAGUAUAUUUUUUAACAAAUAAACUUGCUUUGC